UGCAAUCCGUGACUGAGAAGCCAUGAAGCCCUGCGCGGUGCUGUUCCUCGUAGCCGUGCUCACCACGUCCAGCGCGGUGCGCGGGGCAUCCAUGGCAGCGCGCUCGGAGUGCGACCCGUGGGCGCUGCGGCCGUGCGCCCCGGUGAUCCUCUGGAGCGCGCCCCCGUCCAGCAAGUGCUGCGCCAAGCUCCGGGAGCAGAGGCGGUGCCUGUGCAGGUACGCCAGGAACCCCGACCUGGGCAAAUACAUCAACUCCCAGAACAGCAAGGAGGUCGCGGCUGCGUGUCGCGUGCGGGUUCCUAUGUGCUAGGCUAGCUAGGAAUACACGCGCGGCGUGGUUGUGUUAGCGCCGUGCUAUUAUGCUGUGUUCGUCUUGGCCGUCUCCGUUUCUGACUGCCGGGUGAUGUGGUGUCAGACAAGAAGAGUUGUGAUAACGGACGGCCUUGUUAGCCAUUAGCAGUCCUUUGUGUGUCAUGCCAUCAAAUGUGCGUGCGGUGAUCGUGUCUUAUUGUGCGUUUGUUUUCCUGUGGGGUUGCGGUGGCAUAAUUUGACGAAGUUGUUGUUCUUCGCCUUCAUGCUCACCAGGCACCUUAAUUUGAGCGUCUCGAGAUA